GAGAGAGCAAGAAAGAGAGAGAGAGAGAUUGCUUAUAACAGCCAGUAGUCACACCUUUUUUCUUUAUCUCCUGUUCUGCUUCUCCUACACACAAGGCAAAUAAAGGAGCUCAUCUUCUCUUUGACAUCACCUCAACGUCUAACAUGAAUUGGACACAGCCUCCUGUCCAUGCCAUGAACCAGUCUCUAACUAGCCCCAACAGCUCCUGCAGCGGUUGUCAGACGGAUGUAGGCAAGGGAGUCCAAAUCGCAGCUACACUGCUCAUCUUUCUGGUGGGAAUACCUCUGAAUGGGCUGGUGGUUUGGGCACUUGGAUUACGGAGUCAUCGUCACCUGGUUCGCAGAGGCAGCAAUGAAGAGACACGCGCUGCCAGCAGUUUCCGUAUUUAUGUCCUGAACCUGGCCCUGGCUGACUUGGUGCUGCUCCUGCGUACCCCACUCAUGUUAGGCUACCUUGUUAACAACUACAGCUGGCCCUUUAGCCGUGGCUUCUGCUGCCUGAUCAUGUUCCUGCGAGGCCUGGGGUUGUACGCUUCAGCUUUCCUCCUCUGCGCUGUGGCCCUGGAGCGAUGCCUGUGUCUGCUGAGGCCUGUGUGGGCUCGACUGCGACGGCCGACUUGGGCUGUUCCCUUGGCCUGUGGCAUCUUAUGGCUGGUAGCUAUCAUCCUCUCUACGCCAUACUUCCAUACAACUGAUCUGAAGGAAAUGAAGGGGACAUUCCAGUGCCGGGAGAGUGGGUCAUUUAACAUGGGGCUGUUUCUCACAGAGACAAUAGCAGGUUUCAUCUUGCCCCUGCUGGUGUUCCUGGGAAGUAAUGUGGCUGUUUUGCUCACCAUUCAGAAAUCAGUACCCUCAACACCCACCUCCUCCACCCCUUCAUCUGCCCGCAGGAUGACCAGGAUGUACCAUGUACUCUUUUUCACCAUGCUUCUCUUCCUCACCUGCUGGGUGCCCUAUUUUGUUUGUCGGUUCCUGCGGGCCUUGACUGUGGAACGAGUUGACUGGGACAAGCUGCAUAAUUCAGCAUUACAUGGCACAUACAUAUCUCUGUACCUCGUGUACAUGAAGAGUGCACUUAACCCUGUGCUGUAUGUGUUUGCUGCCCGAGGCUUGGGCCGUGCUAUCAGAGCUUCACUUGUCUCCACUAUUGAACGACUUUUCAACGAUGACUCCACAGAGUCCAUACGAAGGAAGUCACUUAAGAACUCACAGAUGUAGCUCAGAGGUCAACGAUGUUGGUACCUCCCAAAAAGUGAGCUAGGUAAAUAAAACAAAGGAGCCAAGUGACUGGAAAGCAAAUGCUUUAGACCAGUGUUUUCUAAAUUGGUUUGAAAGCCGCGGCAGAUAGAGAAAUUGGUGGAUCUGCUCUGCUAGAUGAAGAGUU